AUGGCUAAAUUGUGCCUGAAGAAACCCAGUAAGCGAGUAUCUUGUAAAAGACGUUAUAAAAUUGAAAAAAAAGUUAGAGAACACAAUAGAAAAAAAAGAAAAGAAGCUAAAAAAGCAGCUAAUAAACCUUCGAGAAAGUUAAUUCAUGUACCUAAUAUUUGCCCUUUCAAAGAGUCUAUUUUAAAUGAUGUAGUAGAAUACAAAGAACAAAUUAAAGUUGAAAAAGAUUUGAUAAAUGGAAAUGUGAAUAAUAAUAAAGACGCAGAAAAAAUUACAUUAAAUGAUUUGGUCGAUCAAGCACAACUUAAAAAUAACAAUUUGGAGAGCUUAAAAAAAAAUGGAGUAAAUAAUGGAGUGUCUCAAGAAUCAAUAAAUAAACAACAAAAGAAUUUUUUUAGUGAAUUUCAAAAGGUUGUCGCAGCUUCUGAUGUUAUAUUAGAAGUUGUCGAUGCCAGAGAUCCGUUAGGCACUAGAUGUCCAGCAGUAGAAAAAUGUGUCAGAGAAUCAAGUGAUACAAAGCGACUAGUAGUUGUUUUAAACAAAGCAGAUUUAGUGCCUUUAGAAAUUCUUCAAAAAUGGUUAAAAUACUUUAGAAAAUCAGUUCCAUGCAUUGCAUUUAAAAGUUCAACUCAAAUGCAAAAACACAAAUUGGGAAGGAAAAAAAUGAUUAAAAAAAAAGAAAUCAAAAGCGGAGGAGUUAGUGUUGGUGCAGAAAACUUAACAUCUCUUUUAGCCAAUUACACGAGGAAUAAGGGAAUAAAAACUUCAAUCAGAGUCGGAGUUGUAGGCUUACCAAAUGUUGGAAAAAGUAGUUUAAUAAAUACAUUAAAAAGAAAUCGUUCGUGUAAAGUGGGUGCUGUACCCGGAAUCACGAGAUCUCUUCAAGAAGUUCAGCUAGAUUCUAAAAUAAAACUUUUAGAUUGUCCUGGAUUGGCAUUUGUGAGCACAUCAGAUCCACAUGCUGCAUUGAAAAAUAUAAUUAAAACAAAUGAUUACACGGAAGCGGCGGAAAUGGUUAUAGCAAGAGUUCAAAAAGAAAAAUUAAUGAAAUUAUAUUUAGUACAAGAAUUUAAUACGUGCGAAGAAUUUUUGGCUUAUUUAUCUAAAAGAUAUGGACGUUAUAAAAAAGGUGGCGUACCUGACAUUCAAGCAGCGGCAAAAAUUUUAGUCGACGAUUGGAAUAAAGGUAAAAUUGAUUAUUACGUUCAACCGCCGGAAGAUGUGGAAAAUCACGAAAUCAGUUCUGCCAUAAUUACAAAAAACGAAGAAGUUGGAGAAUUUAAUCUCGAGGAAUACGAUCAAAAAUUAUUUGAGGCAAAAGAGAUUAUUAUGGAUGUGGAUAUGAAACAAACGAUGGAUAAUCCAACGAAAAGUAUAAAUGAUAAAAAAAAAAAUUUAACGGUAAAAAUUUUUGAUUUAAAAAAAAAAAAAUGUGAAAAUUUAUUCGUGACAUUAUCGCAAAAGAAAAAAAAGAAAAAUAAAAAAAAAAAUAAAGGGGGUAAAGAAGAACCGGAUAAAAAAUUACAAUCUAUUUUUCAAAUGGAAGGAAAUCAAAGAUUGAAUAAAAUUAAAAAAUUAAAUUAUAAAAAAAUGAAAAAGCAAAAAGCGCGAGAAAAUAAAAAAUUGAAGGUGAAGAAUGAAUAA